AAAAAAAAGAAUGAAAACAAAAAAUGUAUUUUUGGUCUUAAUUUAAGUUUAGGCAUAAGGUUAACGACACUGAUAAGGUUAGGUUGAAAAUCACAUUUUAAGGAAAUUCAUUGAACAAUUAGGAGGGGUUAUGACUUCGUGGCUGUGGGAACUAGUGACGACCCUUUUCUAGUUUCGCUAGAUGUGGAGCAGUGUGAACAUAUUCCAACCAAAUCUAUUUUCGUAGAUAGCCGAACAAAAAUAAACCGAAUCAAGAUGCCUCCAAAGAAGGGAGAAGGACCAAAACAACCACCGCUGAUUGGACGCUUCGGGACUUCUUUGAAGAUUGGGAUUGUGGGAUUGCCGAAUGUUGGGAAGUCAACAUUCUUCAAUGUGCUGACCAAGAGCCAGGCCGCAGCAGAGAAUUUCCCCUUCUGCACUAUCGACCCCAACGAGAGCAGAGUACCCAUCCCUGACGAACGCUAUGACUACCUCUGCACCUUCCACAAGCCCCUCAGUAAAGUCCCAGCGUUUCUGAAUGUGGUGGACAUAGCUGGGCUGGUGAAAGGUGCUCAUGCUGGACAAGGACUGGGCAACGCCUUCCUGUCUCACAUUAGUGCCUGCGACGGCAUCUUCCACAUGACACGUGCAUUUGAGGAUGAGGACAUCAUCCAUGUGGAGGGUAACGUGGACCCAGUGAGGGACAUUGAGAUAAUCCAUGAGGAGCUACGGCUGAAAGAUGAGGAGUCUCUUGGACCAAUCAUAGAUAAGUUGGAGAAGACCGCUGUCAGAGGAGGAGACAAGAAACUCAAACCUGAAUACGACAUCAUGUUGAAGGUAAAGAACUGGAUUUCCGAGGAGAAGAAACAUGUCCGCUUCUACAAUGACUGGAACGAGAAGGAGAUAGAUGUGCUGAACAAAUACCUGUUCCUCACGUCCAAGCCCAUGAUCUACCUGGUCAACCUCUCAGAGAAGGACUACAUCAGGAAAAAGAACAAGUGGCUGAUUAAGAUUAAGGAGUGGGUCGAUGCCCAUGACCCAGGGGCUAUGGUCAUACCAGUGAGUGGAGGUCUUGAGGCCAAACUACAGGACAUGACCGACGAGGAGAAGGACAAAUACUGUGAGGAGGCGAAGACUCAGAGUGUACUGACUAAGAUCAUUAAGACGGGCUAUGCAGCUCUGCAGUUGGAAUAUUUCUUCACAGCGGGACCAGACGAGGUUAGAGCGUGGACUGUCAGGAAAGGCAGCAAGGCGCCCCAGGCGGCAGGGAAGAUCCACACUGACUUUGAGAAAGGUUUCAUCAUGGCAGAGGUCAUGAAGUUCCAGGACUUCAAAGAAGAGGGCACCGAGAAUGCUGUCAAGGCUGCUGGGAAGUACAGGCAGCUGGGCAGGAACUACAUCGUGGAGGACGGAGACAUUAUAUUUUUCAAAUUCAACACACCCAAUGCACCCAAGGCAGCGAAGAAGUGAUGGGACCAAUGCGACCAGUACAAUAACAUAGGGUUUUUGUGUCCCGUCUCAAUUUGUCCUCGAGGGCCGCAGUGUCUGUUGAUUUUUCUCCCCUCUCCCUGGUAUUAUGAAUGAGAAGAUAAGAAUUAAUCAUUCUAAUUCUAUGUAUGGUAGGAUGAAAAUUGAGUGCACACUGUAACCAUUGAGGUCCUGACCAGGUCCUAACGUGUUUUCUGGUCAGGUUAUUUUAUCAGGAAAAACUCUGGGCCCUAGUCAGGACUGAUCGGAACAUGGAGGGACCAUUAUUAUUAUUUUAAGUAAAGUAGGCAUCUCUGACCGUGCCUGACCAGAAACCACCAACGUGACUUUUAGCUUGGGACCCUGAUUAUCGCACCUACCAAUACACUAUUAUAUUAAAUCUAUAUCUUUGCCCACCUCACACAAGACAUUGCAGCCACAUUGUGAAUAAGAGGAAGAUAUAAAUCAGUCUUCUGACACCCCUGACCACGUUCAUAUUUGUGGAGGAGACUAUUGCUUUCAUUUGCUCUGGUUACAAAAGGAAAACAUCAACGAGCUAGCUUGCUACUUAGCUAAACAAUGGAAGGUGCACAAUCCAUGGCAGCUAGCUGGCAAACAAGCUACCUUCUCUAUAAAUUAGCUUGACGUGCUAGAAAUGAAUAGAAGUUGAGUAAAAAGUUACUAAAAUAAACGUUAUCUUCUGAAUCAAUGUCUUUAUCAUGUAUUGAAUGUAGAAGUUUUAGUUUAAUCUCCUUCCCAAAAAACGCAAUCUCAGACUGUCAGUGAAUUAGGUUGUCUCCAUGGUACCCAGACAAUUUCUGCCAUAUAGUACAUGCCUUCAAACGACCAUAAAACCAAUCUAAGUAUGCCCUUACCUAAGGAAAGCGUUUGAGGGACUCUAUGUAACACUCCAAUUCCCUUAGGCAAGGGGAAAUUAUGAGUUUUGUGCAACUGGGCCCGGGCCUGACAAGCAUUUUCAUGGAAACGCAUGUACUGCAACCACAAUAUGGGUCAACAAUACACUCAAUAAAACAAGACAACAGAUUCC